AUGGUGAAAGUAGACGUUAAAUAUACUAAGUUGUUCAUCAACAACGAAUGGUUGGACGCUGUCAGCAAGAAGACCUUCCCCACCAUCAACCCUCAAGAUGAGACCGUUAUCGCACAAGUGGCUGAGGCAGACAAAGCUGACGUAGAUUUGGCGGUAGCAGCAGCGAAGAAGGCAUUCGCUCGCUACUCACCAUGGCGCCUAAUGGACGCUUCCCGGCGAGGUCUACUCAUGCUCAAGUUGGCAGAACUGAUAGAAUCCCAAGCCAGAUAUUUAGCAGAGUUAGAGACUUUGGACUGUGGAAAGCCAGUGAAGGACGCUGAAGAUGAAGUGUACUAUGCAGCGACUGUUUUAAGAUAUUACGCCGGCAAAGCAGACAAAAUUUUAGGGAACACUAUACCUGCAGAUGGUGAAGUAAUGUCUUUUACUUUGAAGGAACCAGUGGGUGUUUGUGGCCAGAUUAUACCAUGGAACUACCCCAUACCAAUGAUAUCAUGGAAAAUUGCACCAGCCUUGGCUGCUGGCUGCACAAUAGUCCUGAAACCAGCAGAACAGACACCACUAACAGCUUUAGCAGUAGCAGCUCUGAUCAAAGAAGCUGGUUUCCCUCCAGGAGUAGUCAAUGUACUACCAGGGUAUGGACCUACAGCUGGAGCAGCGCUCACACACCACCCUGACGUCGACAAGAUUGCUUUCACAGGAUCCACUGAGGUCGGUCGCAUUAUUCUUGGAGCAGCUUCAGCAGUUAAUCUUAAGCGAAUCACUUUGGAAUUAGGUGGCAAGAGUCCUCUAGUGGUUUUUAACGAUGCUGAUGUGGAAAAAGCAGCGCAGAUUGCUCAUGCAGCGGCAUUCGCAAACGCUGGACAGUGCUGUUGCGCUGGCACUAGGACUUACGUACAGUCUGGGAUCUACGACCAGUUUGUGAAGAAAGCUGCUGAGAUCGCUUCCAAGAGAUCCGUUGGAAAUCCUUUUGAGAACGUCCAACAAGGACCUCAGAUCGACCAAGACAUGUACACCAAAGUUCUGAGUUACAUAACUGCUGGUAAGGAAGGUGGAGCAAAGUGCGUAGCUGGAGGUGACAAGUUAGGAGAUAAGGGUUACUACAUCAAGCCAACUGUGUUUGCUGAUGUCACUGAUAACAUGAAGAUUGCCAGAGAAGAGAUAUUUGGUCCAGUGCAAAGUAUUUUGAAAUUCGAUACGUUUGAAGAAGUGAUAGAUAGGGCAAACGAUACUAACUAUGGACUUGGUGCUGGGGUCAUUACCAAUGAUAUCACCAUUGCACUUAGCUUCGCGAAGCAAGUUAGAGCUGGAUCCAUCUGGGUCAACACGUACGACCACACGCCUAGUCAAACACCAUUCGGAGGUUUUAAGGAUUCCGGUCUUGGUAGAGAGCUAGGCGAAGACGGUAUCAACCAGUAUUUGGAAACUAAAACAGUAACGCUAGCGUUGCCAAAAAAGCCACAGCUGUAA